GUCCGUCGCCUUCACCUUCACCGAUAAGGCGCCUACGCCACCGGCUUGUGCGUUGGUGUUGUCAACCAAACACCCUGGCUUCGAGGUUCUCAUAGAAGAAGAACGUCGCACGCUGUGUGUGUGUGUGUGUGUGCCGACAAGCAGCAUAGCCUCUUCCCCCUUUUCAUUGGCGCACUGCAGCGCGGGUCACCAGCAGAUGUGGCGACGCGAGGCGAGCGCCUUUGCGCGCACCACACCGGCACAGCUGGAUACACAGUACAGCAUAGAAGAACCCGCCUCAUCAUCACCCUUGCCACCGCACGGCGAUGUUGUCGGCAAUAGAUGGUUCUACGUACCGGGCAGCCGUCACAGAGCCGCAAGGAUACCGCCAGAGGGUUUAGUGUCCUCUUCGCUCCGGAACAGCUCCUCUGUUUCCUCUUCUACGGAUUUUUGCACAUCAGCCAUCCUCGCACCUCAGCGUGCGCUCCUGCAAGGGACAUGGAGGGAUGGAGAGUCCACCAAGGAAGGUCUCCACCAACAAGAAGUAUACAAGCAAAGGGAGCAGCAUGGCGUUCUGUCCGGCGAACUCGGCCCAAAGGACUCCCCUACUUCCUCCAGCGCGGAGGUCAGCCGUCUUCUGCGGCAGUACCGAGACGAGAACAACCGCCUGCGUGAGCAACUCAAGGCGAAGGAGCUGCACGAGACACAUCUGAUCUCAAAGGUAGAGGAACUGAGUCGCCGACAUGCUCUGCUGCAGCUCGAGUGCCAGCGUGCUUUACGUGACCCGACCGUGAUGGACAUGUUCGCGGAGGCGGAGGAGAACUCACCUGCAUGGGCCGCGGCGACGGCGGGUGCGCCUCCGCAGAAGGUUCGUGCACAGCUCGCGCAGAAAGAAGAGGAGGUUCAGCAACUGCAAAUGACGGUGCGGGAGUUGGAAGGCCGGGUGGAAGGGUACCGCCUAGCCCUGCAGCGCGCGCGUGCGUAUCGCAGCGCGUCGGACUCUGCUGAGCAGCCGGAGAAUCACGAAGCGACACUCCGCCGCAGCAACAGCAGUUACAGCAGCGGUGCUCCCGCCUCCCUGCACGCCCUACUUCUCGAGUCGCUCAGCACCGCAGACUUUAUAGUGAAGGUCUUUAACGCCCUCCAGCACUGCCAGCACACGCGCCACGGCGGCGACGGCAGCUGUGCAGCAGACAGCAGCAGUUCCUGCCCCCACGCUCGCCAAGCGUGCACGUUGCGGUGUCUGCGCGCUGCCGUGAAAGGCGCCGCCCUCUCACCGGAUCUUCGGGAGUUGGCCGGCGGCCCGGAGAACAACACGACCGCCGCAAACGUCGAGGUCGCCUUGGCGGUACGAGAGGAGCUGGCGUACUGCGAGACGGUGGCCGUGCGCUUAGCGGCUGCGCUGCUGAGUCAGGAGACAGGAGAGGUGGAGCCUGCGGCAGCAGAGGAUGCGGCCGUUGUCGCUGUCGGUGCUGCAUCGUCCUCCCCCGAUACAAAUGCAGACGCUACCGAAGAGGAAAGAGAAGAAAGCUUGACGACCGAGGAGAAGAGGCCAGAGGCACCUCUGAAGACGGAGAGGGGCACAUCUUCGGCUUUUAGCGCCGCUCCUGCGAAGUCGCUACGCACCAAAGCCUCGCGGUGUCGACCAGACAUGGAAGACUGCGAGGUGCAAUAA